AUGAUUGAAAAGACAUGGCCCAAAAUCCUCUUUGUGAAUAAUCAUAUCAUUAUACAACUGAGCUCAUUAGAACGCAUUCGCGAGUAUCUUUCACUGAAAACAGAAGAAGACCGUGAAGCUACUUUGGCGACGGUCUCCAUGGAAUUAGAACGGAUAUUUGAUAUGCUUCGUAACUCAAAGAUCGAUGAGGCUAUCUUGCGAGUAAACGAAGAAAGGGAAAGAAAAAGUCAAACCAUGACCGAUACAAACGUCGCCAGAGGGGAUAAACCAGUAACCUUGUUUCAUUACAUUGACGAUCAAGCUGUGCUUGAAUUACAGCGGCAAGCCGACGACGAAAUCGGAGAAGUAGAGAGUUUAUGUGCAUCGUUGGUUUCAAUUACCAAGGCAUUAUCCAACACCAUUGCCGAGUUGGCGGCCUUGCAAGAAUCAUCUCUUUCCAUUUCUCUGGAAGAAUCCGUAUCGGAUUUUGCAAACGAAAAGCUACAAAUUCAGGAAACAGAGAUCACCAAAAUGGCAGAUAUCCUGACCAGUCUGACAAAUCAUUAUGAUCAACUCGGCGAGGCCACGAGGUUAUGUCAGUCAGAUCCGGAAGCCUGCCAUCAAUUGGAUAUCACCGUUUUACGGGAUGAUCACGACCAUAUACCCGACAUUCUCGAUGAUUUGCACGAAUCCAUGGAAAUCGUCGAUUCCCUGGAACAGUUCGGGUCAGCUGGUGGCCAAGCUGAUAUGAUUUGCGAGCGAAUGAUGACAGCAGAGGCCGAUAUGAAAGAACGCGAUUACAAUCUCGAGAAUUACUUCAAACAGUUGUCCUCACUAGCAGAGUGGUAUCGCUUAUAUGCGGCCUCGUAUGGUCACUUGAUCCUCGAGAUUGAACGGCGACGCAAAGUCUCUGAAAAACAAGAGAAAAUGCGCAGGGAAAUUCUAAAGCUCUUUGAAGACACCUAUGAAGAUGAAUUGCAAGAGCGCCACCGAUGGUUUCGUGAACAUGGAGAAUAUUUGCCACAGGAUCUAUGUCCUUUUAUUUACGAUCCUCCUUCCAACUUUACUAUAGCCAUAGAACAAGAAGCAGGCCAGCUACCCAGACUAUCGCAAGCAACAGUAGACAAGGUACGUGUCGAGAAACUGUCAUAUCAUGGGCUACAUCAGUGGUGA